AUCCGGUUGGUGCGUGGGGAGUUUGUGGAUGAAUCUGGGUGCGCCGUGCCAGACUGGAUCGGAUUCAUCCGCGCCGCCAGGAACAGUCAAGAGCAAAACCUCGAGGCCGUGACGGACUUACCUGGCGGACAGAUUUUCUACCGGGUUCUGAGGGAAAUCCCCGCUGGUGAGGAGCUCCUGGUUUGGUAUUCCAACGCUUUGGCGCAGUGGUAUGACAUUCCCGUGACGGCAACUCCCACGCACGACGAGAAAGGAGAGGAGCGCUACAUCUGCUGGUACUGCUGGAGAAUCUUCAAAUACCCCAACACGCUCAAGGCCCACGUCCACUUCCACUGCGCUCUGAGCAACGGGAGAGGCUUCGUGAGCAGCGACUUGGUCAGAGGCACGGAGAACUUCAGCCGGUCACCGAAAUCCGGAGACAUUCCCAGCGCUUCCACCUCUCCGAGGAGCGCGCACAACAACUCCUCCAUCUCAGACUCUGGGAGGCGGGUGGUGUCUUCCUCGCCCUUUUUGAACAAAACGGGACUCUCGAGGAAAAGCAGCUCCGAGGAGCAGGACAGAGCCCUCGACAUGAGCGUGGCGUCAGCGAGAACCCAGGGUCCCCUCCUUAGCCUUGGCGCCACGUCCUCGGUGUUGGGCGGCAUGGGCUUCCAUCCGGGCGUGCGCUCCGCCUUCAAGCCGACCGGAGUUUCUAAAGCCUCGGGUUCGGAGACUUCGAGAGAGGAGGCCAACGGGAAGCUGGGCGGCCUCGGAUUCAGCAAACUCUUAGGAAGCACCAAGCCAAUCCGCAACCUGGGCGAAGGCCUGAACGGGGGAGGGAGCCACCCUCCAAAGUGCGCACCUGCAAUUGUGGACUCGGCUUCUCAGAUGGUUCCGUGCGCAAACGCCAUCAGGGGUUUCCCGUUGCUGCCCCACCUGGAAGAAGGCUCAGCUUUUAAACACGUGGACAGCCGAAUACACCCAGGCCUGUCCCCCUCCCGCUACCCACAGAUGACCCCCGGGCUUCAUUUCGAGAGGUUCUCUCUGCCUCCCUUCGACGGGGUCAAAACGUACGGGGGAGACUGCAACAUCCCGCUGAUGCCGUUCACCGUCUACAACGGAGAGCUUCUGUACAGCUCGCCCUACUACCCGCUGAAAUUCCACUUCAGCAACCUCCUGAAGUACCAAGAGUCCAUGUCCUACUUUGGCGCGCCCUCCCUGAGCCAAGAUCUGGGUUCCAUCACGAACAUUGACCGGGAGAUCGCCAUGCACACGCAGCAGCUGUCCGAGAUCGCGGCAGAGAAGAACCGCACGCGGCUCGACUCCCUGCCAGCGGGGAGCGCCAGCAGCGGCGCGUCAGGUAAACCCAAAAAGGGACACCUGUGUCUGUACUGCGGAAAGCUGUACUCCCGGAAAUACGGCCUGAAAAUCCACAUGAGGACUCACACCGGCUACAAGCCGCUCAAAUGCAAAGUUUGCUUCAGGCCUUUUGGUGACCCGAGCAACCUAAACAAACACAUCCGGCUGCAUGCGGAGGGAAACACGCCGUACAGGUGCGACUUCUGCGGGAAGGUGCUGGUGCGCAGAAGGGACCUGGAGAGGCACGUCAAGUCCAGGCAUCCGGGUCAGACUGUCAAGAAGCUAGAAGACAAACCGGGCGGAGGCCUGUUCGAGGACGCAGAGCAGAAGAGCGACAACGACAGUGACGUGGACGUCUGCUUCACGGACGACCAGAGCGACCAGGAGUCCAGUAAAAUCAACGACUGACAUGUUUACGCACGGACCAGAGACUCUUCAGAGACCAGUGUUUGCAGAGCGCAGGACUGAACGCUGUUUUAAAGUCGCUCAUUCACCCAAAGUUGUCUGUUAAAUCAAACAAAACUGUUUUCAGAUUUGGUUUUUAUGGAGUAAAAGGGAUACAUUUAGAAAAAAACUGAAUUUAUCCGCAGAUGUCGUUUCUUGCCAUUUUAUGAUGAAAAGCUGUUCUGUAGACAUUUGUGUUUAUUAUAAAAAAAACACCACAAUCAUCUUCCAACUGUUUAUACAGACACAAACGGGUUCCUCAUCGACGCACAAAAAAGUGAAUUUUGCUGCAAACAAAACAAGAACAAUAAUCAGCUACUGACAGUUUUCCCAUCGCAACAACAAAAACAACAAAAGCUGUCACGAUUUGAAGUCUUGUUUGCAGAGUAAAAAAGUAACACGUUUUUAUUUGUGUCCACCUGACGUUUGUAAAAAGCAGAAUUGACUGAUCCAAACGGAAGAGAAAAAACGACUUUACCUCAGUCUGAGUCUCCUGAAUGAGCAUCACCCUUUCUUAAAUGUUUCUUUUUUGUCCCUUUGAGACUGUCAGUUGCACUUUAAAAUCAUCUCCACUAAGCAGCUGCAAGAAAAUAAAUUAUUGUUAUCAAUUUUUUUUGUCCCAGAAUAAAACACUUAAAGUUGCACUUUGUUGUCGAGGCGGAAUCAGCCGAACAGCUUCCAGUUUAUUUAUGGAUUUAUUACCAGAGAAAAAAAAAGUAUUGAUAGCAGUUAUAGAAUUUGUAUAGAAGCUGUAAAGUAAUAUUUCACAUUUCGGUGGAGAAUUGUUGUACAUGUGUGCUGAUGUUGUCUGAGAGGAAAAUGUUUUACUUCUGUCAAUUAAGUGGUUGGUUUUUGAAUAAAUUUAAUUUAAAACUCGAAAAAAAUUGU